CUUGUAAAGUUUAGACAACAUGUCUAAUACUUGAACUGAUUCGAUAUCGAACUAAUCUACCCAACAUUGUAAUACGAGGACUUCGAAACAAGUAUCUGCUAUUCCUAAGGCCAUAAAAUUACUAAGAGUCAUUCUAGCCCGUCCCAAGUUUUACUAGUUCCAGUGGUGAUAAAUGACAAUGGUCUCAUCCUUCUCGGCCGACUCGGGCGACAGCUAUCAUCAUAUAUAUUCUCGCUGUAUGUAUGCGUAAAUCUCUAAAUCUCACUUACUAGAUACAUCCUUUCAUCUGCUAGUUUCCCUUCUCCUCACUAUCGACCUUAGUCUUUUCACCAUUAUGAAGAUCCUCGUUGUCGGCGCGAGUGGAUCCAUUGGAGGUGAAGUCCUCCUUCACUGCCUCGCCCACCCACACAUCUCGAGCGUAAUCGCCUUCGUACGUCGGGACCUACCAGCCGGCGUCUCUAGCCAUCCGAAGCUCAAAUGUGUUAUAAUCAAAGACUUCUUAAAAUGGCCAGAAGACAUAUUACAGGCGCACUCGGAUGCUGUGGGUAUGCUUUGGAAUAUGGGAACCAAUACGGGAAACAUACUCCCUGACUUGGAGUAUCCCCUGGCCUUCGUAGAAAGCAUGGGACGAGUGCUGGAAACGAAACCGGAUAGACCCCCUUUUAAAUACGUCCAUCUAAGCGGUAAAUUCGUCCGUCAGAACCAAGAAGAGAGGUUAUGCUUCCUAGAAGAAGCGCGCAAGAUGAAGGGCCGGCUCGAGACUAAAACCCUCGCAUUCGCAGAGAGCCAUCCUACUAUAUGGAAGACUUUCAUGGUUAGGCCCGGAGCAGUUGUAACUAAGGGAAUGAUGGUCCCUGGCGUGAUCGCUGGGGUGCUAGGCGAACAUUUGAGCGUCCGAGUUGAAGUGCUGGCUGCAUUUACGACGUAUCUUGCUAUCGAUGGUCGAGGAGAAGAGUCUAGCAUCGAAAAUAUGCGUAUAGCGAGAAAAGGGAGGGAGUUAUUGGAAGUUUUGGAAUCACGGGAAAAUAAUUCCAAACCUCAAUAGAUAUCGAUGGGAUUUGAAGAUUUGUAUAAUUGUUGUGGUUAUUCUUAGUUUUAUACCUUUGAGAUA